GCUGAGCAGAGCAACACAGCAUCCACGGCUACAGCAUCCUGCAGAUGACUCUGCUCCAUGGAGGAGAGGGAGGGGGAAAAAAAAAGAGAACAAGUGUUGGAGAGAAAAAGGUAGAUCCACAGAUGAAGAGAGACUGAGAGAAGCACAGAAGGAGUAAGAGUGGGAAAUGAAAGGAAUUGAGUAAACACCGCUGCCCGCCUGAGGACCACUGCAGCUGUACUAAAUCUGGGGCUGUCAGGCCAACCCUCAGCAGAGCAGUGAGUGAGAGAGGCAAGGGAGCAGAGGAGAAAAAGAAGUGAUUUGAAGAGCCGAUCACAUCGCUCUGGAAGAGCAAGAAUGGGAACCCCGAGAGCUUCUCCGUCAGCAGAUCAAACUUCACACAGGAAAAGUGCCUUUGCAUCACCAGUCUGAUCCUGCCUCUUAAGAGGAGUGAAGAAAACGAGCAAAACAAGAAAGUUAUCCUGUUAGUUUUCAAAAGGUGACACCUCACACCGGAUCUCUGGCUUCUGUCCGCUGAGUUCAGCUCAAGUCUCCGCUGUCCUCUUCCCAAAUCCCCCCUUGGUCCUCCCUCGCACCUGCCGGCUCCUGGUGAAUGUCUUCUCUGCAUGAACUCCCACUGCUCGGCAGUUGAACACACUCAUGGUCGAUGCCAAGGGAAGGAACAUGAAAUGUCUGACUUUCUUCUUAAUGCUUCCCGAGUCAGUGAAAAGCAAGUCAAGUAAGAGCUCCAAGAAAGGAAAUGCGAGUGGCAGCUCCAAGCUGCCCCCAGUCUGUUAUGAGAUAAUCACCCUGAGGAGCAAGAAGAAGAAGAAGAUGGCAGCGGACAUUUUUCCCACCAAAAAGCCGGCAUCCACCACCACAGUGCAACUGUACCAGCAGCAGAACCUCAACAACAACAACACCAUACAGAACUGUAACUGGCAGGGACUCUACUCCACUAUAAGAGAAAGAAAUUCUGUAAUGUUCAACAAUGAACUGAUGGCAGAUGUUCACUUUGUGGUGGGUCAACCUGGAAGAACCCAGCGGCUGCCAGGACACAGAUAUGUUUUGGCUGUGGGCAGCUCAGUGUUCCACGCCAUGUUUUAUGGUGAACUGGCUGAAAACAAGGAUGAAAUCCAUAUUCCAGAUGUGGAACCAGCAGCAUUUCUGGCCAUGUUAAAGUACAUUUACUGUGAUGAGAUUGACCUGAGUGCUGACACAGUGUUGGCCACUCUUUAUGCUGCCAAGAAGUACAUUGUCCCUCACCUGGCACGUGCCUGCGUCAACUUCCUGGAGACCAGUCUGAGUGCCAAGAAUGCCUGCGUGUUACUCUCCCAGAGCUGCCUGUUUGAAGAGCCGGAGCUGACACAGCGCUGCUGGGAGGUGAUUGAUGCCCAGGCCGAGCUGGCGUUACGCUCGGAGGGCUUCUGUGACAUCGACUCCCAGACCCUGGAGAGUAUCCUACAGCGAGAGACACUCAAUGCUAAAGAGAUAGUAGUGUUCGAGGCGGCGCUCAGCUGGGCUGAGGCUGAGUGCCAGAGACAGGAGCUCACCUCUUCAACUGACAACAAGCGUAAGGUUUUGGGCAAGGCCAUGUACCUGAUACGCAUCCCUACAAUGGCUCUGGAUGAUUUUGCCAAUGGGGCAGCCCAGUCGGGCGUGUUGACGCUUAAUGAGACCAAUGACAUCUUCCUGUGGUACACAGCAGCCAAGAAACCUGAGCUGCAGUUUGUCAGCCAGCCCAGGAAGGGCCUGACACCCCAGCGCUGCCACAGAUUCCAGUCCUGUGCCUAUAGAAGCAACCAGUGGCGUUAUCGGGGUCGCUGUGACAGUAUACAGUUUGCAGUGGAUAAAAGAGUUUUCAUCGCUGGGUUUGGACUGUACGGAUCUAGCUGUGGCUCAGCAGAGUACAGUGCCAAGAUUGAGUUGAAACGUCAGGGAGUCCUGCUGGGACAAAACCUCAGUAAAUACUUCUCUGAUGGUUCCAGCAAUACCUUCCCGGUGUGGUUUGAGUAUCCAGUCCAGAUCGAGCCUGAUACAUUCUACACUGCCAGUGUGGUUCUGGAUGGAAAUGAGCUGAGCUACUUUGGACAGGAAGGGAUGACAGAGGUGCAGUGUGGGAAAGUGACAUUUCAGUUCCAGUGCUCCUCGGACAGCACUAACGGCACAGGAGUGCAGGGGGGACAGAUUCCUGAGCUCAUCUUCUACGCUUGACAGGCCCUGUAUUUGACAUAUUUGACUGAUUUUCAGUGCACUUACGGAAACUAGAAAACGAUCACUUUGUGCAGAGUGUCACUUUCUGUUAUUUAUUUUUGUCACUACUGUGGAAAACCAACCAAAAAAAAAAAAAAAAAAAAUCUGAAAUCAGACCUGUGAAAGGGUCUUGUGGUGGUUUUGAUUUGGUAAAUGGUCCACUUGAGUAGGACCAGAUCUAUUUGCAGAUGUUGGAUUGUCAAAAUACGCGGAUGAACAAAAGUCCUACAAGAUUAAAAAUAUCUUGCACUAGACGUGCAUGUAUAUAUGAAUAUAUGUAAAUACUGAAAUGUAUAUGAUGCCGCAAUUGUGGCCAAUGCUGGCCACAAAGAUAUCUUAUAUGAUGAAUAUGCUACAGUAUGUUUAUUAUGUCUAUGCUUGCAUAGAAUGCACAUAUAGAGCAGCAAUACUUCACAUUCUAUAUUCUGCAAUGAGCAUUUCCUGUCAUGACUCAGUCUGGACCAUCAGCGUUGUAAUCGAAUUCAAAAAGGCUGUAUGAUACUCAAAGCAACAUUUCAAGCCAUGAUUACGGUCAAAAACACUGUUUGUCCUGUUGUAGUGUGUAAUACCCAUUAGGCAUUUGUAUUUGAGUGGUUUCAAUUGAAUCUGCAGCUUUUUGAUACUUUGAAUCUAGAUACAGGGCACUGAGAGAGGGCCUGAGGGGUCUUAGAUUAGGGAGCACUAGAUAUAAUGAGACACACAACCCCUACAGUAUCUCUCUGUAGCAUGUUGCUCUGCACCUACACUCAUCUCAGU